CUCUCUCUAGAAAUAUAUUAGAAAACAAAAUCUUAGGGCUCAAAAUCACCAAUACGUCGAUUUUCAUGUCUUAUCUGGUUAUCUCAAUCUUCUCUCUUUCUUGUUCCUUCCGAUGAAAACAUCUUCAAAUUGUUCAAUCUAUCUAUCUGGAAUUUAACGAACCGGAGCUCCAAUUUUGAUAAUCUCAAACACCUUCGUUAUCAUUUCGCCGCGGCGGAGAUUUAGCUUAAUCUGUUCAGGAUAACCGUCCGUGGUGAGAUUUCUUGAACCUGAUGGAGACGACGAGGAAUUUCACAUUUUAAGAGAGAAUUUUAGUUGCAAGUUUCUUAUUAGUCAGGAAGAAUGAUGGGAAUUAAAGGAUGGAUGCUUUCCCAGCUAAUAUCUAAUUCGAUUGUCUCAUCUAGACCUUUGUUGAAUAGCGAUAGUGUUUCUAAUGGUGAACGUUCAGACGAUGAAAUUGGUGAACAAGGGGUUGCAGAUGUUGAUUCAUCCCUGUCUUCAGUUCCUGGCCAGGAGAGUUCACGUCAUUGCCAUUCGGUGGAAUGUUCAAAUCAGCCUUGUUUCAAUGCUGAUGAAAACAAUGUGAAUCCACUGGGGAAGAUAGACAAUCUUCGGAUUAAAUUUUUCCGUAUUCUCCAGCAACUUGGACAAUCUCCCGACAAUAUAGUGGUGGCAAAAGUCUUGUAUCGUAUUCACCUUGCAUCUUUGAUCCGUGCUGGAGAAUCAGAUCUAAAGGGAGCAACUCUCACAACUGAAGGUGCUAGAAACCUAGCCAUGAAACAACAAGCAACGGGUAUUCCCAAGCUGGAUUUCUCAUUCAGAGUUCUUCUACUGGGUAAAACAGGAUCGGGUAAAAGCGCAACCAUAAACUCCGUACUCGAACAGAUCAAAGCUACUACUAACGCAUUCCGGCCUGCUACUGAUCGAGUUCAAGAGAUUCAUGGAACUACCAACGGAAUUAAAAUAUCCUUUAUCGAUACCCCUGGUUUAUUACCUUCGUCCGCAACUACUUUCAGAAAAAAUAGGAAAAUCUUGUACAGUAUAAAGAGAUUCAUCAAAAGAUCCCCUCCUGACAUUGUCUUGUACUGUGAACGUCUUGACUCGUUAAACAUGGGAUUCAGUGAUUUUCCCUUGUUAAAACUUAUUACAGACGUCUUCGGUUCUGGGAUUUGGUUCAACACCAUUCUAGUCAUGACUCAUUCAGCCUCACUUCUUCCUGAAGGCCCCAAUGGGUAUCCAGUUACCUUUGAAUCUCAUAUUACAAAUUGCAGCGAAUUGAUGCAGCAAUUUAUUCAUCAAGCAGUUUCCGAUUCAAAAAUUGAGAAUCCUGUCCUUCUAGUUGAGAAUCACCCCGGUCUGAGAAUUCUUCCAAAUGGACAGAUCUGGAGAUCUCAGUUCUUGUUAUUAUGUGUUUGUACGAAAAUACUGAGCGAUGUGAACAGUAUCCUUCAGUUUGGGGAUAGUAUUGAACUUGGCUUAGGCUCCUCACAGUCACGACUGCCUUCACUUCCCCACCUUCUCUCAUCCUUCCUACGAAAACAUUCCAUAUCCGAUUCCUAUGCAGCUAAUAUAAAUUCUGAAGACAUCUCUUCCUCAGAUUCCGAUGAAGAAUACGAUCAACUCCCACCUAUUCGGAUCCUGUCGAAAUCCCAGUUUGAGAAACUGACCAAAUCACAGAAAAAAGACUAUCUCGAUGAGCUGGAUUACAGGGAGGUCCUCUUCAUGAAGAAGCAAUUGAAAGAAGAACGUAGGAUGCGGGAAAACAGGAAUCCUGAAGAGAAUUUGGAUACCCCAGAAGCAGUUCCAUUACCAGAUAUGGCGGUUUCUCCAAGUUUCGAUUCUGAUUGCUCUGUUCAUCGAUAUCGUUACCUUGUAACAGGCGACCAGUGGCUAGCAAGACCUGUUCUCGAUCCUCAUGGAUGGGAUCACGAUGUGGGAUUUGAUGGGAUAAAUUUGGAAACAUCCGUCGACUUAAAGAAUAAUAUAGUUUUAUCGGUUGCUGGACAAAUGAACAAGGACAAAAGGGAUUUCAACAUUCAGUCAGAAUGUGCUGCAGUCUAUGUCGAUCCUACUAGAGGACAUUCGUACAGCCUCGGGCUUGAUUUACAAUCUGCUGUUAAAGAUUUGAUGUGUACAGUUAACAGCAAUGCAAAGUUAAAAUUGCUAAAACACAAUACGACAGAGUUUGGGGUUUCGGUUACAUCUUUUGGCGAUAAACAGUUUUUGGGUGUAAAAGUAGAAGACAGUAUUUCUGUAGGGAAGAACAUGAAUUUGUUAAUAAACGCGGGUCGAAUGGGAGGUUGUGGACAAGUUGCAUAUGGUGGGAAUCUGGAAGCUACUAUAAGGGGUAGAGAUUAUCCUGUUAGAGAUGAGAAGGUUAGCCUGACAAUGUCCAUUUUAUCGUUUAGCAAAGAAAUGGUUUUAGGUGGAGGGGUUGAGUCGAACUUACGUGUAAGCCGAGGCACUAAAUUGUCAAUUAGUGCCAACUUGAAUAGUCGAAAGAUGGGUCAGGUUUGUUUAAAGACUAGUAGCUCUGACCAUGUUGAGAUAGCGUUUAUUGCAAUCUUAUCGAUCUUUCGGGCUUUGCUAAGAAGAAGACAUGCAGAUGAGUCCAGCUCAGCCCUACGGAAAGUUGGAUAAAAAUCCUUCUUUUUUUUCUGAUGGGGUUAAAUUUUGACCUGUAAACCGAGGUGCUGAAUGUAUACAGGUUAAAGAUUUCAGCGAAUAAGAGAUGGCAAUGCCAACUGAAAGGUAUUAUACUGUCGUUGUUAUGAUUUAAUACUAAUAAUUGUUCGCUUCAUAUAAUCGCGUUUUGUAAUUGUUUUGUCGUAUUGAUAGAAGACGCAAUGUGUUCAGAUUUUAGUUUUCAAAACAAAUGAUUUUAUCUUAAGAAUUGAUUACAGGGUUCGAUAUUGA